AAACAUGUUGGAAAGGACGUUUAGCUGUAGCAGUAGCACCCGACGCGUAUAUUGGUGAAGCCCCCCCCCGACGCGGAUGUGUAUACAGGAAAACACCAGAGAGGUUCGCGUUUGUUUGUGCUAGCAUCGCAUGCCUCUGUUGUUGGCCAGAGCCAGCUGGCGAGGCGUGCAUUCCGCAACCAAUGUCAAGAAUGCGUCGAGGUAGAUAACGUGAUCGUCUGAUACCGCCGCGAGUUUAUUAUUAGCUAUGGACGUAGCGGUUUUCCUGCCAUUUCGUUUACCCUACAGAUAAAGUCCACUUGGUAGCUGCCUCUUAAACGUCGCUUGCAGGUCGGGACCACAGACCCCGAUGGACGCCCCAGCCCCAUCACCCCAGACGGACUUCUAGCGGCGACACCAGCAACCGGAGUCCGCCACGUCCUGGCCUCGCGCGCCCACACGAGCCCGGAGCGCGGCUGUGUUGGUUUUUCUAUGACCCACCAGAUUCAUGCCCAGCGAGAUUCGGUGGAAUCGCCCCUGGACGACAUCCCAUAUAUGUUUUAUCUGGGCCUGUUCUUCGUGAACGUCCUGAUCCUCUACUAUGCCUUCCUGAUGGAGUACAUCGUCCUGAAUGUGGGGAUAGUCUUUCUGCCCGAGGACAUGGACCAGGCGCUGGUGGACCUCGGGGUGCUGUCCGACCCGGCCUCUGUCCCCUACGACACGGACAUGGAGCUGGAUGUGUUCGAGGGCUACCUGGAGUGACCCGGACGAAGAAGAAAUACAUUUUAUGAGAUGGUGAUGAUGAUGAUGAUGAUGAUGAGGAGGUCAGGUCAGGUUGCGGUGUGAACUCUCCCUGGUCAGUGAUGUGGGGAAACAAGCCUUCGAAGUUGAUGCUGCUGUUGCCUUUCUCUCAGACAGACACAUCAGUUAAAAGGUUGUUUCGACUCAAAAGAUGAGAUCAAGCACUGCCGGCCGCAUGAUGGCCGUCCCAUGGAAAGAGCACUCUGCACUGGAUCAGCUGUCAGUCAGUCUGUUGCCGCCCCAGCAGCAAUUGUCUCCAGUCGUCGGACAUCGGGGGCGUUCGCGCUGGCACCUGUGUCCCUCACUGGACACCAUGAGAGAUAAAAAGGAGGCACAUUGUGCUGCAGGUGGCGAGAGACAGCUGUUCCCUCAACAGUUAUCCAGGCUGUGCCAGAUGUGCAGGCUGACUGCAGAAGGAAAUUCAUUUAAUCAUUUGCCACUCACGUCACAGAGUGAUGUGCGUCACAGUAAGACAUCUCAGAAGAACUGGUAAAGUGCCAAAAUAAAACAAUGUGCACGGUAGCUCUAUUGCAUACUUAAUCACUCCCAAAACAUUUUAUUUUACCGUUUGUCCUCUGCAAGCUUGCAGGCUCACUCAUCCUUGGAGAAAAACUUAAAAUGUGUCUUUUGAGGCCCAUUUUCCACAAACAAAAUUAACAGAUUAGUUAUAACAGCUGGCCAAAUGUGCCAAAAGUAUCUCAGUAUGACUGUCAAAGACUGAAAUCUCUUAUGAAAGAGAAGCGCAAAAGAAGUAUUUCAGACGUUUGACGUGUUCAGCCUCCGUUGCAUUGAUAGUGUAUUGUUACAGAUGUGUUCUACACAAUAGACUCUGCAAACUCUAUUAGUUGUGUUGGUCUUUUUAUUUGUCGAAUUCCGUUUUAUCACACUUUCCUCUGUUUUUGUUCUUAUGAAUGUUGAAUUCACCUCAUAUAUUGUACAUUAUUGGCAGCAAUAAUAAACAGGCCCCAGCACACUCACUGUCUGUCUACCAGGGUAAGCAAAUUUGCAUAAUUAUCUCGGCACCACUGGCUGCUGUUCUCCAAACGUAGAGACAAAAACAAUUUCAGACCAUUUUAAAAUAAGUGCACCUGCAGGUUUCUUGCUCUGAACAUUUUAUAUUACUCUCCACCAACAUGACUCUGCUCUCCUGUUCUUACUUCAUCCAUUGAGAUGUCAUUUCACAGUUCACACAACUCAGCUAAAAGAAAACAAUCACAGCCUAGCCAGGUGAAUUGUCUCCUGCCACACUGCGUAAUGAAUGAAAAGAAAAAUCCAUGGUAAAAAUCCCAAAUGGGAAUGUAAAAAAAACAAAACAUCUGGAUGACAGUGCAGUAAGGUUGUGCUGCACAAAUUUUCUCCAUCAGAAUAACUAUUUCAUGCAAGAGCAUUGUUAUUCCAAGAGUUAAUACAAGAGAUGAACCAAUAUUAAUUAUUGAUGGCUAAGAACCAAAUUAUUUAUUUUUUGGAUUUUAACUGCCAUCAAGCAAUAUUAAAUGUAUGGUGACAUUUACAAUGUUUGAAUUUGUCCGUCCGUCAGUAUGUCCUAAAGAAUUCUAUUUUUGGCUAGAUGUAAAUUCCUCUGAAACGCAACAUUUAAACUCAGGAUACUAAUACACUUUAAAUAUUAAAAACAGGUAUGUAUGGAAUCUAGAAUCAGGUAAGGGCUUCCUGUAGAUUAACAGUGAAUAGUUAAUAAAUACUCAAGGAAAGUAUGUAAUCAGACCCCGUCAAUGCUGGAAAUGUUAACAUUAACAAGCCCAAACCAUAUUUUUUUAACAGUGGGUGAAUUGGAUAAUCUAAUAUGUAAUAUUCACUCCCCAUACUGAGGAAUCAGUAGUGAAGCUAUCAGAUGGGGUGGAUUUUUGUGUCAAUUUUGAAACUGCUUAUAAAUCACCGGUGUUGGUUACAGGUGACAGAGUUUGUGCCAUUUCCCAGAUAUGACACUACAUUGUUUCUCAGGCUGUGGUGAAAAACUCUGCUCAGUGUUUUAAUUCAUUGAUUCAAUCUGUACAGACUGUUACACAUCAAAGCCUUUGCUUAGUUUGUUGGACGUCGUCAUCAUCAACAUCAUCUGAAUAGAAACCUCUACCCAGUGCUUGUGUCCUCCCUCCACAUCUGCUUCUUUGCAGACAUGCACACGCUGUAAUAAGCUGUAGAUCUGAAUAGAGUUUUAUUUUACAAUUCGUCUAUUUAAUAAACUCUGAGCGAAUGUCAA